GACAGCGACAUGGCGUACGAGGUGACCACCCUCCGAACAAACUGGGUGUGAAGUGUGAGAUUUAUUAUGUUCUGUUCAUCUGUAAUCAUCUGAAGGUUUGACCUUGUUGUUUUUGUAAAUAUUGGAAGGCCAGUCUCUUCCACGCAGCACACAAAAAAUGGCAACAGAGUAUACAGCCCAUAAUGUGGAACAGGCUGUAAAGCAGUUUUAUCUGAACCCCAGUCUUCAGAGUGAAGUACACAUCUGGCUGACGGGGGCUCAGAUCUCUCCAGCUGCCUGGUCUUUCUGCUGGGACUUGAUGGGACCGGACAAGGGAAUAGAAGUUCAGUAUUAUGGAGCCAGUUGCCUGCAUGUAAAAAUCGUCAGAUUCUGGCAUGAAAUACCUCCAGAACAGUUUGAAUCACUGAAAUCCAAGUUGCUUGAGACUAUAGUUCACUUUGCAACUGGCCCCAAAGUCAUUCUCACAAGACUGUGUGUAGGGUUAUCUGCCUUGAUACUACAGCUGUUACCCCAAAAGUGGCCUGAUGCCAUUCAGCAUCUGAUAUCAACAUUCCAACAAGAAGGAUUUGCCUCUCUUCCAACCGUUACAAGGUGCCAGAUAUUACUGGAAGUCCUGACCGUCCUGCCCGAAGAAUUCUACAGUACCAAUCUUUCUCAGCAAAGGAGGCUAGUGCUAAGGCAAGAGCUGAACAAGGGUCUUGACCAUGUGAUCCCUUUGCUGCAGUCCUUGUUAACCCCAGAGUCACCCCUGGAGGUAUACCAGAUGGCGCUGAAAGCUUUCUCACGUUGGGUGGACUUUGGUCUGGCGAUGGACCGAGCCGAGCCAAUCAUACACCAGGUGUUCACUUCCCUUAGAAAUCCCCAACUGUUUGACAUUGCUGCUGACACACUGUCCAGUGUGUUUGCACAUCCAGAGUCAUAUAAGUACCCUGUGACCAUACAGAGGAUUCUCUCCGAUGUGCUUUCUCUCCAUGACAUGUUCUCAAAAGCAUUGGCAGACGAAGAUAAGGAAACGUGUGAAGGCAUCUGCCGUGUGGUAGUGUCGCUGUCAGAGAACCACACGAAGCUGAUCGUAGAGUCGGUGCUGGGCCCCGAGGAGGUGAAACAGAACACGAUGUCUCUGCUACAGAUGAUCCUGACUUGCACAGGAUUGCCUGGUCAUUUCCCUGUAGAUGAGAGCUGCAGUGAUCAAACGUUCACCUUCUGGUACCUGUUACAGGACGAGCUGAGUAUGAUCUCAGAGGAGGACUUCAUGCCUCUCAUGGAGGUGUUCAAGCCCAUCUUCUUCUCCCUCAUCGAGGUGUUACUCAUCAAAGCCAGGUUUCCGUCAGACUCAGACUACUCUUCCUGGUCGUUAGAAGAGAAAGAGCAGUUUCGCUGUUACAGACAAGACAUUGGGGACACAAUGAUGUACUGGUACGUUGUCAUACAGAUGUACUCGUACAGCAUACUAUGUACCGAGCUCCUGGCUCAGCUGGUCAACUGUCUCAUGGCGCUGACUGAGAUGAGCAAGCGGGCAACCUCGCAGGACUGGCAGGAUGUGGAAGCCGUCUUGUUUGUCUUUUCCUCUGUGUCUGAGAGCGUUCCGACAGACGAGGCCACCCAUAUACCGAAGCUUUUCUCCGUCAUCCGGGAAAUUCCUUUUGUCAACUCCCAACAGAUCUCCACAGCCCUCAAUAUGAUUGGGUCGUUUGCGGAGUGGAUGCGGUGGCACCCGGAGACGCUGAGCAGCGUGCUGCCGCUGGUCCUGCAGGGAAUCACCAACCCCGAGGUGGGCACGGCCGCCACCAUCGCGCUCAAGGACAUCACCAGAGAGAAUCUCUCCCACCUCCGGCCAUUUGCCCAUCAGAUAUUAGUGGCCUGUCAGAAAUCUUUCGAGGCAAACGUCCUAAAAUCCCGCGACCUGCUGCGGCUGAUGUCCAGUGUGGGUCAUGUCUUGUCAGUCAUGCAGACAGAGGAGAUCAUGCACUAUCUGGAUUCCAUGAUCUCCCCACACAUACGCCACUUGGAGGCCCUGGCCGAGAUGCCUCCAUGCCCCACAAACCGAGCCGAUGUCCACACAACGGUCAACAUCUUCGCCUGGCUGUUUGGCUCAUUGGACACUGGUCUGGAGUGGGAAGAGAAGGAGAAGAAGAAUCAGCAGCAGCAUAAACAACAGGAGAACUCGGACCCUAUAUAUGUGAUACUCCAGAAGAUCUCAACAGCCGUUCAGAAAAUUGCCUACGCUUGGCUGUUUGACACUGGCAUUAUUGAGGCUGUGUGUGAUUUGUACAAGAAAGCCUUGCAGAAACUGGACAAUGGCUUUGCCCCUCUGUCCACCGACCUGACCCAACUAGUCAUAAACCUGUACCAAAGAUGCCCCAGCACCGCCAUCAUUGAUCUAUGCAAACAAAUGCUCUUAAUGUUUGGGCUUCAAGAAAAUUUCAUUCCAUUCUCUAAAGCCAUAAUAGAGAAUGUGUGUGUACGGUCCCUGCAAAUGUUUACUACGGGAAUUCGAAACUACACUGAUGUGAUAGAGGGAUUCAUGUGCUUUCUAGCCCAGGUGAUGAAAAAGUUCAAAAAGAUUAUCAUGAACUGCAACUGUGAUCUUACUGCUAUUUUCCAUGCAGCUGUGUUAAGUAUGGCAUUACCAGAACAAGCUACUGUGAAAGCGUCCUGCAGCUUUAUGAUUGAGUUCUUGAAUGCUGGGCCGGAGAAUGAAGUGAUCAAGUCUAUUGUCACAAGCCGUGGACAUUUGUUGGUCGACAGAAUAAUGAGGGCGAUUGGCGGAGAAUCUCAGCGGGGUAUUGUGGACUUUGUGGCUGAUGUGAUCAUGGCCUUGAACAAGAACUACGUGGCGCAGCUUUCCGUCUGGCUCAAGACGAUCCUGGAAAACGAGGGGUAUCCUUCUCCGCGCGCCUCUCGGCAGGAUAAAGAACAGUUUAUAAAGAAUUUGUUGAGUGCGACUAUUACCUCCCACAGGGAUCGCAUGAACAAGCGGAAGACGAGAGAUGUGGUGAAAGAGUUUACGCUGCUUUGCCGAGGGCUGCUGGGUACGGAAUAUGCAGAGGCGGCCGCCACAUUUUUAUGAUGUGCCGAACGGUGUGUUUGCUUGUUUGUGUGGGUGAGGAAAAUGCCUGUGGAUGUGAAUGUGGUGGCAUUAUUUAAUGAAAAUACUGUAAAAUAGAUGUUUUGCCUCACAUCAACCCCCCCUCCCUGAUAGUGAGAGAGGCAGUGAAUAUUUGUGUGGUCACAGACAAUGAAAAUUUCUUCCAUGGAUCGAAGCUAUAGUGAUGUGCUUGUGCUUGGAUUUUUAUGGGGGCAGGGGGGGGGGUAUGCAUUUUUUAAUGAAAUGGUCACGAAUGGAAUGAAGUUGGAUUUUUUUUUAUUUUUUUUUUUUAAUUAUUUUCUUUUGGGGAGGUAUACAUGCUUUUUAUUUCCUUGUUAUGACAGUGUUUUAACUGUACACUAGGAGAGUCACAGACUGUGUCAAAGAGAAAAUGGAACCUGCAUCGUUGACGAAUCGGAACGCUUUUCUUUGAGAAGUAUUUUUAAAUUUUUUAUUUUUGAAGAAAAUCAUGACAUGCUGCUAGUGUAGGUUUCUAACUUAACACAUUACAUCCUGAGGGUCUGGACGGGAAGCCUAUUCUCAAUUCUAAGGUGGGGGGACUCACCUCCAGUGAUUAGAAAGUUGUUUUUAAUAAACAUUUUUUUUAAAAUGCUAAACAAAUACCCAAAAUUCUGAAAAAAUUAAAUAAGAAAAAAAAA